AUCCAAACAUAGAGCACAACCAUCAUAACACAAUCACAGACACAAAACCAUGGCAAAGGGGGAGAGGGAGGGAGAGAGAGGGCUCAUGAUCCGUGACAACCUCAAUCUCAUGUGUUAAUUAGGACGCAGCUUCUUCUGUAGUUCUUGCUGUUGUUCCGAUUGUGUUUCGGCACAAUGCCUAAGCGCUCCUUCAAGAAUUUCGUGGAACAAGAACUUGGGAGAAUCCCGCAGUUCGUGAUCUUCGCAUUUCUUGAAUGGAUCCUCAUCGCAAUCCUCUUCAUCGACGGAUUUCUGGCCUUUCUUUCCAACGAAUUCGCCAGAUUCUUCGAGCUCAAGAUUCCCUGCCUUCUCUGCACGAGAAUCGACCAUGUCCUUGUCCGGAGGAACCCCGAUUUCUAUUACAACAGCUCGAUCUGUGACUCGCACAAGAAGAAAGUUUCGUCACUCGCCUAUUGUCACAUCCACAAGAAGCUCUCCGAGAUCAAACACAUGUGUGAAGGUUGCCUUCUUUCUUUCGCCACGGAGAAAGAAUCGGACACCGAUACUUACAAGUCCCUCAUCGGUAUCCUGCACAAGGAUCUUGAGCUUCUCAUCGACGACGAACGGGAAUUUCAGUUGACGUUUCCGGUUUCCGGGCCGAAGAAAGAGGACAGUAUCGUCCAGCAGAAUGUGGAUUACAGGACGAAAUACGAUAGCUCGGGUAACGUUUUCCAACCACAACUCCGUUGUUCGUGCUGUGGUGAGUUACUGAAGGCGAGUUCGGCAAAGCCAAAGAGUUCAUUCCUUGCUCCCACUCCUUCUCCUAGAGUGUCAUUCAAUCAACGGACGUUGGAUAUGUCGCACGUUAAAUAUACCGAGCUUAACAAAUUUUCCGAUACCGAAUUGGAGUUGCCUGAGGAUGAGGACUCUUCAAACACGGACAAUCCCGCAUCUAAAGAAGAUAUAAAAGGAGCAUCGGUCCCGCUUUUGGCAGACCCGGAUGAACCACUCGAGGAACGGACACCAAGUUUUGUACGUGGAGGCAACAAAUUCUUCGGGAUUCCGCUCUCUGAUUCCGCUCAGAACAGUCCGAGGUGGUCUGUCCGCCCUGUCAGGAAAUCCUUUCUGGACAAGACAUCGAAUGCCUCGGAAAACGCAGAUCAAAGCGAAGCAAUGGACGGAGAUUAUAUCCUUCAACGGCUCAAAAGGCAGGUUCGCUUGGACAGGAAGUCACUGAUAGCGCUGUACAUGGAGCUAGACGAAGAGAGGAGCGCCUCGGCUGUCGCGGCCAACAACGCAAUGGCGAUGAUCACGAGGCUUCAGGCUGAGAAAGCGGCUCUUCAGAUGGACGCUCUGCAGUACCAGAGGAUGAUGGAGGAACAAGCAGAGUAUGACCAAGAAGCCUUGCAGUCUAUGAAUAACAUGUUGGCCAAGAGGGAAGACGAACUGAAGGAUCUGGAUGCUGAACUCGAGGCCUACCGACAGAAAUACAGAUCUGUACCGAUAGUAGAAGGAGACGAUGAAGGAGAACAGUUUCUUACAGAAGGCGGCAAAAUUACCGCAGAUGAAAACGAUGAAGAGGGAAAACCAGUCUUGAAUUCGCCGGAUUGUUGUUCGAGCAAAGGCUCAAACCAUGAAGAAGAAGAAGAGGAAGAAAUCAAUGGCAGUGCGUCUUCUAAACCUGAGGAGACAAGCCGUUUGGGGCAAAUCGAACAAUCAGACGAAACGGAUAUUUCCGUUCACGAGUCCACUGCUAACAAUGGAAAAGGAAAUGGAGGAAACAAGGAGGUGUUGGUAAGGGAGCUUUCGGAGAUCACGGAGAGGCUAAACGCUCUCGAAGCGGGCGGAGACUUGUUGAAACAUAUAUCAGAGGUUUUAGAUGUUAGCGAAGGCGAAGCGAUUCUGUUUCAGAUCUCUCAGAAUCUGCACAUGCUUCGUAGUUUUGUUGCAAUGCCUCCCGACGCGUGAUUCCACUCUCACUCCCCAAUGUAAAACUGUUUUGUGUUUUUCCCCCUCUUCUCUUCAUGUGAAACCAAACAUUUUUUCCGCAGGAAACAUGACCAAACAUCAAUAUAUUCCGAGAUUUGAAUCUUGUACAGUUUUA